GGCUCCCCGACGGCGACGCGGAUUCGGGCCCGGACGCGGGGCCCGAGCGCGGAGCGGACGCGGGACCGGAGAGAGGGCCCCGGAGGCGUCGGUGAACCCGGGGGACCCGGCGUGGGGGGGCCUCGGCCUCGGGCCUCGCCGCCGCCGCCGCUGCGGGGCUGGGCCGGGCUGCCCGGAGCCGCCGGCUCUCCUCCUCCCGCCGGGCCCGGAGGUCCCGGAGGCGGCGGCCCCGGUUCCGCGGACGGGCCCGCGGCUCUGCUGGGCUUGGAGGCGGCGGCUUUGGGGCUGCCCGAGCCCCGCGGGCCCGGCUGCGGCGGCGGCGGCGGCGGCGGCCCCGGGCACAGCAAGAGGCGGCGGCGCGGAGGGGCCGGGCCCAGCGGAGGCUCCGCCGGUUCGGGCCCCGGGGGGAUCGGGCUGGGGAUGGGGCUGGGCCCCGCCUGCGGCAGCCCCGGGCCCGACGAGGCGGGAGGAGGAUACAACAGCGAGGACGAGUACGAGGCCGGGCGGGUGGAGAUGGAUCCGGCCACGGCCGAGCAGCAGGAGCACCGGUUCGAGAAGGCUCUGCGGGAGAAGAAAGGCUUCAUCAUCAAACGCAUGAAGGAGGACGGGGCGUGUCUGUUCCGGGCCGUGGCUGAUCAGGUGUACGGAGACCAGGACAUGCACGAGGUGGUGAGGAAGCACUGCAUGGAUUACCUGAUGAAGAACGCCGAUUAUUUCUCCAAUUACGUCACGGAGGAUUUCACCACCUACAUCAACCGCAAGCGCAAGAGCACCUGCCACGGGAACCACAUCGAGAUGCAGGCCAUGGCCGAGAUGUACAACCGGCCCGUCGAGGUCUACCAGUACGGCACUGAGCCCAUCAACACGUUCCACGGGAUCCAGCACAACGAGGACGAGCCCAUCCGGGUCAGUUACCACCGCAACAUCCACUACAACUCCGUGGUGAACCCCAACAAAGCCACCAUCGGCGUGGGGCUGGGGCUGCCCUCCUUCAAACCGGGGCUGGCGGAGCAGUCUCUGAUGAAGAGCGCCAUCAAGACGUCGGAGGAGUCGUGGAUCGAGCAGCAGAUGCUGGAGGACAAGAAACGCGCCACGGACUGGGAGGCCACCAACGAGGCCAUCGAGGAGCAGGUGGCCCGCGAGUCCUACCUGCAGUGGCUGCGUGACCAGGAGAAACAGGCGCGCCAGCCCCGCAAGGCCAGUGCCACGUGCAGUUCGGCCACCGCGGCUGCGGCCAGUGGCCUGGAGGAGUGGAGUGGCCGCUCGCCCCUCCCCCGCAGCGCCGCCCCCUCCCCCGAGCACCCCGGGCUGCACCCAGAGACCCCCAAACCCCCCUCACCCGGAGCCCCCCCCGCCGGAAAACCCCCCUCGCCCUGCGCCCCAGGCACGAGCAGCCAGCUGGGGGCGGGGGGGGGUCGUGCCACGCCCCCCCUGGUGUCGCUGUACCCCGCGCUCGAGUGCCGCGCCAUCAUGCAGCAAAUGUCCCCAACCGCCUUCGGCCUGAACGACUGGGAGGAUGACGAGAUCCUGGCGUCGGUGCUGGCGGUGUCGCAGCAGGAGUACCUGGAGACCAUGAAAACCUCGCGCCACAGAGACCCCGCCACCGACAAGAGUUGAUAUUGAACCCCCCGGACUGGCAGCCCUGAGACCCCCCCUCAAAAAAAAACAACAAAAAAAAACCCCCCUGAGGACCCCUCCCCUUAAAAACAACAACAAAAAAAAAACAACAAAAGAA